AGGCACCAUGAGUUCCCUCGCCCUGGAUUGGAACAGCUGAAGAAAACAAGAUGAGAACAACAAAGGUCUACAAACUCGUCAUUCACAAGAAGGGCUUUGGGGGCAGCGAUGAUGAGCUGGUCAUGAACCCCAAAGUGUUUCCUCACAUCAAGCUUGGCGACAUUGUGGAGAUCGCUCACCCCAACGAUGAGUACAGCCCUCUGCUUUUGCAAGUCAAGUCACUCAAGGAGGAUUUACAGAAAGAAACUAUCAGUGUGGACCAGACUGUGACUCAAGUGUUCCGGCUAAGACCCUAUCAAGAUGUCUAUGUGAAUGUUGUGGACCCUAAGGAUGUGACCCUGGACCUAGUGGAAUUAACAUUUAAGGAUCAAUAUAUUGGCCGUGGGGAUAUGUGGCGACUAAAGAAAAGUUUGGUCAGCACGUGUGCUUAUAUCACCCAAAAGGUGGAAUUUGCUGGUAUCAGGGCUCAGGCUGGCGAGCUGUGGGUCAAGAAUGAGAAGGUCAUGUGUGGUUAUAUCAGUGAAGAUACCAGGGUGGUGUUUCGUUCUACGUCUGCUAUGGUUUACAUAUUUAUUCAGAUGAGCUGUGAAAUGUGGGAUUUUGAUAUUUAUGGAGAUUUGUAUUUUGAGAAAGCUGUGAAUGGUUUCCUUGCUGAUCUCUUUACCAAGUGGAAGGAGAAAAACUGUAGCCAUGAAGUGACAGUGGUCCUGUUUUCUAGAACUUUCUAUGAUGCCAAAUCUAUCGAUGAAUUUCCUGAAGUAAACCGAGCCUCAAUUCGACAGGAUCACAAGGGACGUUUCUAUGAAGACUUUUACAAAGUGGUGGUGCAGAAUGAGAGAAGGGAAGAAUGGACUUCACUUCUUGUGACCAUUAAAAAACUCUUCAUCCAGUAUCCAGUGUUGGUGCGACUGGAACAGGCAGAGGGCUUUCCUCAAGGAGACAAUUCUACCUCAGCACAAGGAAACUACCUAGAAGCCAUCAAUCUGUCAUUCAACGUGUUUGACAAGCAUUACAUCAACCGCAACUUUGACCGGACAGGGCAGAUGUCAGUGGUGAUCACCCCUGGGGUGGGUGUGUUUGAAGUGGACCGCUUACUUAUGAUCUUGACCAAGCAGCGGAUGAUCGAUAACGGGAUUGGUGUGGACUUGGUGUGCAUGGGGGAGCAGCCGUUACAUGCUGUCCCACUGUUUAAGCUGCAUAAUCGCAGUGCGCCUAGGGAUUCUUGUCUGGGUGAUGACUAUAAUAUUCCUCACUGGAUAAACCACAGUUUUUACACAUCUAAAAGCCAGCUCUUUUGUAACAGUUUCACCCCACGAAUAAAACUGGCAGGAAAGAAGCCUGCUUCUGAGAAAGCAAAAAAUGGUCGUGAUACGGCGCUGGGGACUCCCAAAGACUCAGAGAACGCCCUUCCCAUCCAAGUAGAUUAUGACGCCUACGACGCUCAAGUGUUCAGGCUGCCGGGCCCAUCCCGUGCGCAGCGCCUCGCCACCUGCAGGACUGUGAGGGAGCAAGAGAGUCAUAAUCGAAAGAGCGCCAGCUUCUGCGACGUCUCUUCCAGCCCUUCCCUGCCAAGUCGUGCGCUACCUGCAGAGGAAGUGAGGAGCCAGGCCUCUGACGAUAGCUCCUUGGGCAGGAGCGCCAACAUCCUGAUGAUCCCACACCCUCAUCUGCACCAGUAUGAAGUCAGCAGCUCCUUGGGCUACACCAGCACACGAGACGUCCUGGAGAACAUGGCGGAGCCCCCACAGCGAGACUCCAGCGCUCCGGGGAGGUUCCACGUGGGCAGCGCGGAGUCCAUGCCGCGCGUCCGGCCAGGGGGACACACACCCCAGCGAGCGCUGAUUAACCCCUUCGCCCCCUCACGAAUGCCCAUGAAGCUGACUUCCAACAGAAGACGCUGGAUGCACACCUUCCCUGUGGGACCAUCCGGAGAGGCCAUCCAGAUCCAUCACCAGACCCGACAGAACAUGGCGGAACUGCAGGGCAGCGGGCAGAGGGACUCAACCCACUCCUCUGCAGAGCUGCUGGAGUUAGCGUAUCAUGAAGCUGCCGGAAGGCACAGCACUUCCCGCCAGCCUGGUGACAGCAUGCCCUUGAACUUCAGUGGAACAGAAGAGCUUUCUGUCAGCCUGCUUAGCAACAGUGGUGCAGGUAUGAAUCCUCGGACCCAGAAUAAGGAUUCUCUAGAAGACAGUGUCUCUACCCCCCUAAACCCAAUGCCAGGCUUCUGUUGCACAGUCGGAGUGGACUGGAAGUCUCUCACUACUCCAGCAUGCCUCCCCCUCACCACCGACUACUUCCCUGACCGCCAGGGUCUGCAGAACGACUACACGGAAGGUUGCUACGAUCUCCUCCCAGAAACAGACAUUGACAGGAGGGACGAGGAGGGUGUGCAGAUGACAGCCCAGCAGGUGUUUGAGGAGUUCAUUUGCCAGCGGCUCAUGCAGGGCUAUCAAAUCAUCGUGCAGUCAAAGGCACAGAAACCCAACCCCGCUGUCCCGCCCCCACUGAGCAGCAGCCCACUCUAUAGCCGAGGCCUUGUGUCCCGACACCGCCUCGAGGAGGAGGACCAGUAUUGGCUGAGUAUGGGCAGAACGUUCCACAAAGUGACACUGAAGGAUAAAAUCAUCACAGUGACGCGAUACCUUCCCAAGUAUCCUUAUGAAUCUGCCCAGAUCCACUAUACCUACAGCCUCUGCCCUUCCCACUCCGACUCAGAGUUUGUCUCUUGUUGGGUGGAGUUCUCCCACGAACGCCUGGAGGAAUACAAGUGGAAUUACUUGGAUCAGUACAUCUGUUCUGCUGGCUCCGAGGACUUCAGCUUAAUUGAGUCUCUGAAGUUCUGGAGGACCCGCUUCCUGCUGCUACCAGCCUGUGUCACUGCCACCAAGCGCAUCACGGAGGGGGAAGCCCACUGCGACAUCUACGGGGAGCGACCGCGGGCAGAUGAGGAGGAGUGGCAGCUCCUGGACGGCUUUAUCCGCUUUGUAGAGGGCUUGAACCGGAUCCGCAGGCGGCACCGCUCAGACCGCAUGAUGCGGAAAGGGACCACCAUGAAAAGCUUGCAGAUAACCGGGCCCAUUUCCACACACUCCCUCGAGGCUGCUGCUCCCCCGGUUGGCAAGAAGGGAACCUCAGCUCUGUCCGCCUUGUUGGAGAUGGAGGCCAGUCAGAAGUAA